CAGUAUUUCCUCUCCUCACGCGCAGUUUCUCGUUCCCUCCAUCUCAGCCAGCUGUUUCUUAAGGAAUAAAACAAGGACAUUUCCUCAUCAAAACAUUUAAGAGUUUUCGGCUGCUUUUAUAUUUUGGAGCCUCUAAGCUAUUUGUACAUAUAUACAUAUAUUUUUUUCUCCUCUGGUUGAAUUUGCUCUGAGAUGGAAGUGAGAUGUCGUCCAGCGGUGAUGUGUUGUGUUUUCGCCGUCCUCUUCUCCGUGGUUCCCCGGUCGCUGGAGUCUCCUUUCAUAGACAGACAGUACCUGAACGAGUGGGCAGUGGAGAUCCCAGGCGGACUGGCUGCUGCCGAGGCGAUCGCCAAAGAGCUGGACUACAAACUGGUCCGACAGAUCGGGGCCCUGGAAGACCAUUUCUUGUUCAAACACCGCAAUCAUCCUAGCAGAAUGAAACGAAGCGCCAGCCAUGUAACCAGACAGCUGUCAGAGGAUGAUCGAGUGCUGUGGGCAGAGCAGCAGUACGAGAAACGUCGCAACAAGCGAGCAUCCCUCAGGGAGUGCAGGGACUGCCCGGUGGAUAAGCUGUUCGAUGAUCCCAUGUGGAACCAGCAGUGGUACCUGCAAGACACCAGGACGUCUUCCUCGCUGCCGAAGCUCGACCUGCAUGUGAUCCCCGUGUGGCAGAAAGGCAUCACAGGGAAAGGAGUGGUCAUCACAGUCCUGGAUGACGGGCUGGAGUGGAACCACACAGACAUCUACUCCAACUACGACGCAGCAGCCAGCUACGACUUCAACGACAACGACCCCGACCCUUUCCCCAGAUACGACUCCACCAAUGAAAACAAACAUGGGACAAGGUGUGCUGGAGAGAUUGCUAUGCAGGCAGACAACAAUAAAUGUGGUGUUGGAGUGGCUUACAACUCUAAGGUUGGAGGGAUUCGUAUGCUGGAUGGGAUUGUGACUGAUGCCAUCGAGGCCAGCUCUAUUGGGUUCAACCCAAACCAUGUGGACAUCUACAGUGCCAGCUGGGGACCCAACGAUGAUGGCAAGACAGUAGAGGGCCCCGGCCGCCUCGCCCAGAAGGCAUUUGAAUAUGGUAUCCAGAAGGGCCGUGGUGGGAAAGGCUCUAUCUUUGUUUGGGCGUCAGGUAACGGUGGGCGCCAGGGCGAUAACUGUGACUGUGACGGCUACACAGACAGCAUCUACACCAUCUCAAUCAGCAGUGCCUCCCAGCAGGGCCUGUCCCCCUGGUACGCUGAGAAGUGCUCCUCUACUCUGGCUACAGCAUACAGCAGUGGAGACUACACCGACCAGAGGAUUACGAGUGCUGACCUGCACAAUGAGUGCACCCAGACUCACACUGGAACGUCUGCCUCUGCCCCACUGGCUGCUGGAAUAUUUGCACUGGCACUGGAACAAAAUCCAGACCUCACCUGGAGAGACCUGCAGCACAUUGUGGUGUGGACCUCAGAGUUUGAUCCUUUGGCCAAUAACCCCGGCUGGAAGAGGAACGGAGCUGGGCUGAUGGUCAACAGCCGUUUUGGCUUCGGCCUUCUCAACGCCAAAGCCUUGGUGGACCUUGCUGACCCCGCCACGUGGAAGCAUGUGCCUGAGAAGACACAAUGCAUCGUCAGGGAUGAUUCUUUCCAGCCCAGGGAGCUGAAAGCAGCAGGGGAGAUCACUAUAGAGAUUCCAACCAAAGCCUGUGCGGGCCAGGAGAACGCAGUCGGCUCACUGGAGCACGUGCAGGUGGAGGCCAGCAUCGAAUACACAAGGAGAGGAGACUUGCACAUAACACUCACCUCACCUUCUGGCACCAGUACAGUGCUGCUGGCCGAGCGAGAAAGGGACACAUCAUCUAACGGCUUCAGAAACUGGGACUUCAUGUCUGUCCAUACAUGGGGCGAAGAUCCUGCUGGUACAUGGACCCUAAAGAUCACAGAUACUUCUGGUCGUAUGCAGAACGAGGGGCGGAUUUUGAACUGGAAGCUGAUUCUUCAUGGGACGUCAGAGAAGCCUGAGCACAUGAAGAAACAGAGAGUGUACAUUCCCUACAACGCUGUGCAGAAUGACCGCCGUGGUGUGGAACGCAUGGAUGACAUGAUAGAGGAGCCCACGCAGGCCAAACCACCUCCAAAGACUGAGUCUGCUCCUUCCAACCCACAGAAGGAGCCCAAAAAACCCUCAAACCCAGCCUACUCCCCUUCCCUGGCCCUGCUGCGUCUCCUGCAGACGGCCUUCAACAGGCAGACCCCGGCCCUGCGGCGGCCCCAGUCCGAAUCCAGGGACUGGAGGAAGCAGCAGCCGAGCCGGAGCGUCUCUCCUCCCGCGACAAGACUCCCCCCUCAGACGUUGUACCAGGCUCUGGACUUGAUCAACAAGUACCGCGGCCCCGAGGACAGCGUCUACAGCGACUACAGCGACGGCUUCUACAGCACCAAGCCGUACAGGCACAGAGACGACCGGCUGCUGCAGGCCCUGUUUGAGAUGAUAGAUGAUGACCGCAUAUGAAGGCCUGGAGGAGAGGAGAGGAGAGGAGAGGAGAGGAGAGGAGAGGAGAGGAGAGGAGAGGAGAGGAGAUGGAAGAUAGAAGAUUGUGGGGAGCAUGUGUUGGUUGGGGAGCAGAGGAACAAGGCGAAGAGAAGAGAGAAAGCAAAGCACUGGAGGAGGAGAAGAAGAGAAGAAAAGAGAAAGGAAAGAGAACUCUUCCACUCUGUUUUGUUUAUUUCCCCCAAAAUGCUGCAUAUCUGAUCUAUUUACCUUCAUUUGCCAGUCACUGUUCAUUUAAUAAUUCUCAUUCAGUCAUGCAAAUUUUUAAGUCCACAUGUGAUUUGUUUGAGGCCUCUCUGCUACAAACUGUAUCUCCACAUAGUCAAAGUGAAAGCAUUUAAAACAUAAGAAAGGAGCCUUGUCUCUCUUCUCCUCACUGCCUGCUCAAGCAUGCCACCUUUAGAAUAUAAGUUUUGUAUAAGUAUCUAUAUAUUAUCUAUAUAUUAUACAAAGACAAUGAUUGUAAUAUGGUUUCGAAAACACGUCACAUCGAAAAAUUUCACUUUCAAAAAUCCUUUCUGUUUCUAAUAGGUGUUUUCAACUCCUACAUAGUUUUAUUUUCAGUAUGUUUCACUAUAGGACACCAGCUCACUUUAAUCACUUUAGAGGACAAAUUAAACCUUUAAAAUCUGACACAAAGUUAAAUAAGAGUCAGCAUAUAUUCAAGAUGAAGCAAAAUUUAAAAAAUCAAAAAAAAAAUCAGAUAUUUGAAAUUAUUGAACUACUUUUGUUGGCAAAAGAAUUAUCCUCAGGGUGUCAACAAAGCUCAGAGAGUAACAGAAUCAUAUUCUCAGUAUUAAGAGAAAUAUAUAAAGAUUAUAUAGUAUAAAAGUAUACAGAUGAGACACAGUUGUACCACUUCUAAAAAAUCUACUCUGGUAAUAAUAAAUGACAGAUGGAGAAAGUCUUUCAGUCGAGUAGCGAUACAUUAAAAGUGGAAAAAAAAGACAGAUUAAUCUUCUUCUUGUGCUAUUUGUUUAAUUUUGUAUAAGUCCAAUGCUGCAUUAAAUGAAAUAUUUUUCUAAGGAUCCUCAUAGUUUAUGGAAAUAAUAUAAAACAGUAUCAAACACUUGAACGGUUUAUUUUCUUGUGGCGUAGUUCACUCAGUCACUGCAAAGUCAGUGUAGUUACCAUAACUACUGUACCAAUGAACACUGCCAAAAUCUUUGCUGUCAAAAAGCUUCAGUGAAUUUCAGUGAAUGUGCAAAUGGCUGACCAAUUGUUUGUUCAUCAUCUGCAAUAUGCCAAUUACAAACAGUUCCUUGAAUCCUGGACAGAUUAUUGCAUUAAUAUUCCUUCUCUGGUAUUAUUUAUUUGAUAUUGAUGAACCUCUCACACUUUACAAACUGACCAGAAACUCUGUAGAAUAGGGGCUCUGCACCAUCAAGCACAUUCAUCUUGAACGCCUUAAUAUAUGCUGUAAUAAAUGUACAUUCUCAUCUCCACAUGGUUUAGAUCAACUUCUAGCGUUAAGUGUUUAUGACAUAAAUAGUUAUGAAUCCUCUAUGCAGAGUCUCUAUCCUCCAGCUUGGAACUGCCGGCCCCGCUUCUCUGCCAACAAGGUGACAGGAAAAAGAUGUUUGGGACAACGCUUCACAUGCACCCUGUAAUUUAUUCAUUCUUUAGUGUAGCCCGUGCUGUUUUCUUUAUCUUUUUUUUGUUUUUGACUGAUGCUUCAGUCCGAAGUUGUUUACACAAACCAAUAUUAUGUCGCAAUUUCUGUAUGGAUGUACAAACGUAAUGAGAUUUAUCGUAAUAAACUGCAAAGUGAC